UCCUUGUAUGGUUUGAGAAAGUUAAGGCUAUUACCUGUAGACAUGAGGGUCAAAACACCCAUGAAUGGACACAGCUUUCUCCAAGGAUUUGCUUUUUUCCUCUUCGGUGUCGUAGUGAGCGCUCAAGACACAAGACAACUCCGUCUGGUGAAUGGAGGCAGUAGCUGUGCUGGCAGAGUGGAGAUCCUAGACCAAGGUUCCUGGAGCACCAUCUGUUCUUACUUGUGGAACCUGGAUAGUGCCCAGGUGGUGUGCAGACAGCUGGGCUGUGGUGAAGCCCUCGAUGCCACAACCUCUUCUUACUUUGGGCCAGGAUCAGGCAAGAUCUGGAACAUGGUUGUGGUCAGGUGCAAUGGAGAUGAGUCCCACCUGUGGAACUGCACUACCUUUAAUGGGGCAGAGCAUUUCUGCCAGCACAAGGACGACAUAGGUGUCAUCUGCUCAGGAUUUGUGCAUCUGGCUGGAGGGGAUGGCCCCUGCUCAGGGCGAGUAGAAGUGUACUCUGGAAACAAUAAGUUCGCAGUGUCUGAUGUGAACUUUAUGUGGCCCACUGCCCAGGUCAUCUGUGCAGAGCUGGGGUGUGGCAAAGCAGUGUCUGUCCUGGUGGAUGUGCCUUUCAGAGAGUCAGAUGGACGGGUGUGGGCUGAAGAGUUCCAGUGUGAGGGGCAGGAGCCUGAGCUCAGGAUCUGCCCCAGAGUGCCCUGUCCAGGAGGUGCUUGCCAGCACAGUGGGGCUGUUCAAGUUGUCUGUUCAGCAUACACAGAAGUGCGGCUCAUGAAAAAUGGCACCUCUCAGUGUGAAGGACAAGUGGAGAUGAAUAUUUCUGGAGAAUGGAGAAUGCUCUGUGCCUCUCACUGGAACAUGGCCAAUGCCAAUGUUGUCUGUCGUCAACUCAGCUGUGGAGUUGCCAUCUCUACCCCAAAAGGAGCCUACUUCAUGGGAGGAGGUGGUCAGAUCUGGAAAGCCCAAUUUCACUGCUCAGGGACUGAGCCCUUCCUGUGGAAUUGCCCUGUGACUGCCCUGGGCAUUCCUGACUGUACCCCUGGGAACACAGCCUCUGUGAUCUGUUCAGAACAGGAACAGAAUCACAGAAAUAGAGAUGAGGUGGAAGUUUACCAGCAGAGAGGGGGCAAAGGGAUAAUAGGGGGAAAGGUACAGGGAAUAAGAAGUAUAAAUGGUAACAAGACCCAGGUGCUACCCCAGUGCAACUCUACAUCUGAACCAGCAGGUUCUGCACCCUCAGAGGACUGCUCUAACUGCUCAGAUAGCAGACAGCUCCGCCUGGUGGACGGGGGCAGUCGCUGUGCUGGAAGGGUGGAGAUCCUACACCAGGGCUCCUGGGGCACCAUCUGUGAUGACAGCUGGGACCUGAAUGAUGCUCAGGUGGUGUGCAGACAGCUGGGCUGUGGGGAAGCCCUUGAUGCCAUGGUUUCUGCUCACUUUGGGGCAGGAUCAGGCCAGAUCUGGCUGGAUGAUGUGAACUGCACAGGAAAAGAGUCCCAACUAUGGAAGUGCCCUUCCCGGGUCUUAGGACAGCAUGACUGCUGGCACAAGGAGGACGCUGGGGUCAUCUGCUCAGAGUUCCUGGCCCUGAGGAUGGUGAGCAAGGACCAGGAGUGCGCCGGGUGGCUGGAAGUCUUCUACAAUGGGACCUGGGGCAGUGUCUGCCGCAGCCCCAUGGAAGCCAUGACCUUGUCCACAAUCUGCAGACACCUUGGCUGUGGGGACAGUGGGACCCUUGAUGCUUCUGUUUAUUAUAGGGAAGGUUCUAGACCCCGGUGGGUGGAUGGAAUCCAGUGUCGGAACACUGAUAUGUCUCUCUGGCAGUGCCCUUCUGACCCUUGGAAAUACAGUUCAUGCAGUCCAAAGGAGGAAGCUUACAUCACAUGUGCAGGAAUGAAACCCAAGAGCUGUCCUUCUGCUGGGCCCUGCACAGACAGGGACAAGCUCCGACUCAGGAAUGGAGACACUGAGUGCUCAGGACGAGUGGAGGUUUGGCACAAUGGCUCCUGGGGCACAGUGUGUGAUGACUCCUGGAGCCUGGCAGAGGCCGAGGUGGUGUGUCAGCAGCUGGGCUGUGGCUCUGCCCUGGAAGCCCUACAGGAGGCAGCUUUUGGCCCAGGAAAAGGGCACAUCUGGCUGGAUGAGGUGCACUGCAGGGGCAAGGAGUCCUCCCUGUGGGCCUGUGCUGCACAGCCCUGGGGGCAGAGUGACUGCAAGCACAAGGAGGACGCUGGAGUAAAGUGCUCUGGUAAAAGAACAACAUUGCCAACCACUACAGCAGGGACCAGAUCUGUCCCAAGGCCUGUCCCUGGUGUCUUUUCCCUGCCUUGGAUCCUUUGCCUCAUCCUGGGGGCCCUUCUCUUCCUGGUCCUCAUCAUCCUAGUGAUUCAGCUGCACAGAUGGAGAAUGGAGCACAGAGCCUUAUCCAGCUUUGAAGACGCUUUUGACCAGGCUGUGUAUGAGGAGAUUGACUAUCUUGUAACACCAAAGAAAGAGGAUCUACUGAGCAGCUCAGAGUUCCUGUCAGAUGACUCAGUAACAAAACUGCCAUAUUAUACCAGGGAUGAAGCCUCAGCUGAGAGGACUGAUGCCUUUGCUGAGGGUUACGAUGAUGCAGAAGAGCUACCAGUGCCCAAGGCUCCUUCUGCCUCUCAGAUGGGUGAGCAGGAAGCACUCCCAGAGGAGAAUGGAGUGAGAGCUUUUCAGACAGAGCCUCCAGGACAACAUGUCAAUGCCAUAGGAAAUGGUUAUGAUGAUGUUGAGAAAUUACCUAUUUCUGAAAUUCCUUCUUCCCCUGGCAUGAGGGACAAUUGUUUUUUCCCAAAAGAGCGAGGUGAUGUCUGGUAUUCCCAAAGAGACAGUGAAGAGCUUCGCCUGGUGGACGGGGGCAGUCGCUGUGCCGGCAGAGUGGAGAUUCUUUAUGAGGACUUCUGGGGCACCAUCUGUAGUUACGGAUGGGACAUGGAGGAUGCCCAGGUGGUGUGCAGACAGCUGGGCUGUGGAGAAGCCCUCAAUGCCCCACGCUCUGCUUACUUUGGACCAGGAUCAGGCCGGGUUUGGCUGACUGGCGUGAGAUGCAAUGGAAAGGAGUCCCACCUGAAGAAGUGCCCUUAUUUGGGAAAGGGAGAGCAGAUCUGCCAACACAGCUACGACGCAGGGGUCAUCUGCUCAGGAUUUGUGCGUCUGGCUGGAGGGGAUGGACUCUGCUCAGGACAAGUAGAAGUGAACCCUGGAGGAGGCUGGAUUCCAGUGUCUGAUGGGAAACAUACAUUCCCUAUGGCCCAGGUCAUCUGUGCAGAACUGGGGUGUGGCAAAGCAGCAUCUGUCCUGGUGGAUGUGCCUUCCAGAGAAUCAGGUAGACAGGCAUGGGCUGAAGAGUUCCAGUGUGAGGGGCAGGAGCCUGAGCUCAGGAUCUGCCCCAGAGUGCCCUGUCCAGGAGGUGCUUGCCAGCACAGUGGGGCUGUUCAAGUUGUCUGUUCAGCAUACACAGAAGUGCGGCUCAUGAAAAAUGGCACCUCUCAGUGUGAGGGACAAGUGGAGAUAAAUAUUUCUGGAGAAUGGAGAAUGCUCUGUGCCUCUCACUGGAACAUGGCCAAUGCCAAUGUUGUCUGUCAUCAACUCAGCUGUGGAGUUGCCAUCUCUACCCCAAAAGGAGCCUACUUCAUGGGAGGAGGUGAUCAGAUCUGGAAAGCCCAAUUUCACUGCUCAGGGACUGAGUCCUUCCUAUGGAAUUGCCCAAUGACUGCCCUGGGCAUUCCUGACUGUACCCCUGGGAACACAGCCUCUGUGAUCUGUUCAGGAAACCAGACCCAAGUGCUAUCCCAGUGCAACUCUGUGUCUGAACCAGCAGACUCUGCACCCUCAAAAGACAGCGCUGCCAACUGCUCAGACAGAGGACAGCUUCGCCUGGUGGACGUGGGCAAUCGCUGUGCUGGCAGGGUGGAGAUCCUUCACCAGGGCUCCUGGGGCACCAUCUGUGAUGACAGCUGGGACCUGAACGAUGCCCAGGUGGUGUGCAGACAGCUGGGCUGCGGGGAAGCCCUCAAUGCCACAGUGUCUGCUCACUUCGGCGCAGGAUCAGGCCAGAUCUGGCUGGAUGACGUGAACUGCACAGGAAGGGAGUCCCACCUGUGGAAGUGCCCUUCCCAGGGCUGGGGACAGCACAACUGCCGGCACAAGGAGGAUGCGGGGGUCAUCUGUUCAGAGUUCCUGGCCCUGAGGAUGUUGAGUGAGGACCAGGAGUGCGCUGGGUGGCUGGAAGUUUUCUACAAUGGGACCUGGGGCAGUGUCUGCCGCAGCCCCAUGGAAGCCAUGACCUUGUCCACAAUCUGCAGACACCUUGGCUGUGGAGACAGGGGGACCCUUGACUCUUCUGUUGGUUAUAGGGAAGGUUCUAGGCCCCAGUGGGUGGAUGGAAUCCAGUGUCGGAACACUGAUAUGUCUCUCUGGCAGUGCCCUUCUGACCCCUGGAAAUAUAGUUCAUGCUCGCCAAAGGAGGAAGCUUACAUCACAUGUGCAGGAAUGAGACCCAAAAGCUGUCCCACUGCUGCCCCCUGCACAGACAAACACAGGCUCCGACUCACGGAUGGAGACACUGAGUGCUCAGGACGAGUGGAGGUUUGGCACAAUGGCUCCUGGGGCACAGUGUGUGAUGACUCCUGGAGCCUGGCAGAGGCCGAGGUGGUGUGUCAGCAGCUGGGCUGUGGCUCUGCCCUGGAAGCCCUGCAGGAGGCGGCAUUUGGCCCAGGAAGUGGGUACAUCUGGCUGGAUGAGGUGCAGUGCAAAGGCAGGGAGUCCUCCCUGUGGGCCUGUGCUGCACAGCCCUGGGGGCAGAGUGACUGCAAGCAUGAGGAGGACGCUGGAGUGAGGUGCUCUGGUAAAAGAACAACAUUGCCGACGACCACAGCAGGUGCAGUGCCACCAUCCAUGGGGACCAGAUCUGUCCCAAGGCCUGUCCCUGGUGUCUUCUCCCUGCCUGGGAUCCUUUGCCUCAUCCUGGGGGCCCUUCUCUUCCUGGUCCUCAUCAUCCUGGUGAUUCAGCUGCAUAGAUGGAGAGUGGAGCACAGAGCCUCAUCUAGCUUUGAAGAUGCUCUUGACCAGGACGUGUAUGAGGAGAUCAAUUAUCUUGUAACACCGAAGAAAGAGGACCUACUGAGCAACCCAGAAGCCCCAGAUCAGAGGACUGAUGCCUUCAGUGAGGGUUACGAUGAUGCAGAAGAGGUACCAGUGCCCAAGGCUCCUUCUGCCUCUCAGAUGGGUGAGCAGGAAGUACCCACACAGGAGAAUGGGGUGAGAGCUUUUCAGACAGGGCCUUCAGGACAAUAUGUCAAUGCCACAAGAAAUGGUUAUGAUGAUGUUGAAGAGUUACCUGUUCCUGAAACUCCUUCUUCCCUUGGAAUGAGGGAGAAUUAUUUUUUCCCAAAAGAGGGAGGUGAUGUCUGGUAUUACCAAAGAGGCAUCUCUCUCCAGUCUCCUAGCGAAGCUGUCAACAUUUCGCUGGAAGAGAAAGGGUCCGCUUUGGUCCUGAGACAAGAAGACCCUGGGUAUGAUGAUGUUGAGCUUAGCACCAUGUAGCACCAUUCUGGGAGCAAGUAACUCUUCAAAGAAUCCUCUGUAACAUUGUUUUUCAAAUAAAUGAGAGCCCUGUCUUUUUCCUUACUGCAGAGUUUUUACCUGUACCUAUGAUGAAAGGAAAUUACUCAUAAUAAAU